ACGUAAUUUGUACGCGCCCUGCACCUUUACCUGCUUAUGUUUCUCGUUCCUAAACAGGAACAGUAGCUUCUCCCCUCUCCCUUACCCUCCCCAUCCUGCAUAUCGUUAGCCAUGUCAGCAGCAGACGAUGAAGCUGUUUACUUUAGUAAAACUGAGGAUCCUUUCAACUCUGUGACAGGCUUUUGCUGGCUCUCUGUGAUCUUCUGCUUCUUGCUGGCCUGUUCUUAUGUGGGGAGUCUUUAUGUUUGGAAGAAUGACCAGCCAAGAGAUCACCCAGACGUGAUCAGACGGCGAUUCACAAGUGUACUGAUAGUUUCUGCCCUCUCUCCUCUCAUCAUCUGGGUAUGGAGGGAGGCUACAGGAUUUAAGCCAGGUACGCCUCUGUUGGCUUUGAUGGGAAUCCGAUUUGAAGGAAUUGUUCUAGCAUGUCUUUUGCCAUUGCUGCUUACCAUGGUCCUUUUCCUUGGGCCCCUCGUUCAGCUGGUGCUCGACUGUCCUUGGGACUUUUCUGAUGGACUGAAAGUAAUUUUGGACUCCCAGUUCUGGGUAUUAUGCCUUUCAGAUAUGCGCUGGUUGCGGAAUCAAGUGGUUGCACCCCUGACAGAGGAGCUGGUUUUCCGGGCUUGUAUGUUACCUAUGCUGAUACCUUGCACAGGACUCGGUUAUGCUAUUUUCACCUGUCCUCUAUUCUUUGGAGUUGCCCAUUUUCACCAUGUGAUUGAGCAGCUACGAUUCAGACAAGGAACAAUUGCUGGCAUCUUUUUAUCUGCAGCAUUCCAGUUCUCCUACACCGCUGUUUUUGGAGCAUACACUGCUUUUAUCUUUAUUAGAACAGGCCAUCUCAUUGGACCUGUACUGUGCCACUCCUUCUGUAAUUAUAUGGGUUUUCCUGCAAUUUGUGCUGCCUUUGAACACCCACGGAAGAUUACCAUAUUCUCCUUUUACUUCCUUGGAAUGGUGCUUUUCAUCAUGCUGCUGUAUCCCAUGACAGACUCUGUCUUCUUUGGUGACCCACCAGCUUGCCGUUUAGUGAAAGCGAGCGCUGCAUUGUCUCUGUGUUCUUGACACCCGAAAACUACUAACAGGGUACUGAAAUAUGAGGCUGAUAUGAAAUGUAUGAAGCCCAGGAAAACAUAUAUGUGGCAAUAUUCAACGCAGAAUCCAAAUUUGUAACUGAAAGUUAAUAUAUGGCAUUGCAUUUUUUUACCAAUUGUCUGGAAUAAUGCAAAAUGGACUAAUAUGCUGCUAGUUUUUUUUUUCCUUGAUCUUAACUAGUGAACUAUGUUGGUACAGAGCAUGUAGGCUGUUAGCAGAUAUUUAUUUGGUCACAUGAUUGUUAAGCUAGAUUAAUGUCUGAAUUUGUGUUCACAGUUUUCAUGUGAACAAAGCAUUUUUUUUAACAGCUUCUCACUGAGAAACAUCAUUCCAGUUACCCUGUUUGUAAAAGGAUGUAGUACUUUGUACUACAGGAUACUAAAACCUAUGCAAAGGAAUUACUGCAGCUUCAUAUACAUUGGCUUCAGAAUUCUGUACAGACUCCUAAGUGAAUUGCCAAAUUUAUUAAAAAAAGGCACAUGCACUAAUUUAGCUUACCCAUAUGGCCCUUGAAGUUCCAUUGGUAGGCUUUCCUUAAAUCUGUAAGGUUUUAUUUUUCUUUUUUCAUUACGAUUAGAUGUUUCACUGAUCUUUAAGCUGUAGAGUUUACAGUUGGAAACUGUUUUCUAAAUUGGUGUCUGUUUUGAAACUGUGAAAAACUUAUAAAAUAGUUUAGUAGGUGGCUUCAUUACUUCAAUUCAUUGUUUCACUUUUGCUCAAUUAAUAAUUUUUGAGGGAUUGUCCCAGCGGUGUACUACUUUGUACAGUUAUACAGUAUUAUAUAUAUUUUUGUUGGUAAAUUCGCCAUAUUCAAAACAUUGGUGUUUGUCCUUUUGCUCCCCAAAAAUGAAACUAUAUUUUUAAUCCAUUGGUUGUUGGGGAGGUGUACAUCAGAAAAGAGACUGUCUUACAGGACACUGGCAGUAGCUCCAUGUAGCUAAUAGAUAAAGGGUCACGAGGUUACUUUACUUGGAAAAAGAACUCUAAUCAGUGACUUCUAGGAACUGACAUUUUCCUUUAACCUCUGAAUUAGAAUGGGUUUUAGAACUGUCUCAGGAAUAUGUAUAUUUAAGUAUCUGUUUUUAUAGUCGUGUUGAAUUUUACUGGGGCUUAGAGGUUAAAAGAUUUGAGGAACUGUUAAAGAUGCAUUGAAUGUGAAAAUUUAUUUUUACAAACAGUCUCACUUAGCAAAAUGUGAAGUAGUAUGAUCUUAAGAUUUUUAUAACUGAUUGCAGAAAAACUAACUCACAUUCUCUCAGCAUUUAUUCAAAAGAACAUUAUUUUUGUGAUGUAUUGGGUCCAGGGGAGCAUUUACCUAUGUUUUUGUUGUAACAAUGCUCAUUUGGUGAUCAAGGCUGUGGUGGUGUUAAAUUAAGGUAAAUAGUUUUUUUAUAGUUAAUAGAGCAUUUACAUGUACAGUAUAAGGUUAUCAUCAGGAAAAUGAAAGGAUUAUGUCAUUUAAAAAUGUAUUACUGUUAUUUUUGCUGUUAUCCUGAAUAAGUGGUUGGAAAUGUAUUUUGGGUAUGUCAGUAUUAGAGAGCCUCUACUAAAAUGCAGAAUUUGGUAAACACUGCCUUACUUAUGGCUAUCCUUUUCAGCAGGGACUGUCUUUCCUAUUGUUUAUGAUGUAAAUACAUUUUAUUUAAAGGUUAAAGUUGCAUUAGUUUAAAUCUCAAGCAUAAGUCUUAUUUUUGUUUUAUUUGAAUCAGACAUGCUAUGAACAUGUACUCUAUGAAAGCAGGAUGACAUUUCAUUUCUCCUAAUGUCCCAUUGUUGAAUGGCUAUUCAGGCCUCUAGGGCACCCCGUGCCUAAAAUAUUGUUUACCAGCUAUGAUGAGUAAUGAUCUACCACUUUUGAACUGUAACUGGCUGCAUCCAGAAUGUAUAUAUAGUCAGUACUGCUAAAAUGAGCAUGCUCAGACCAAAGUCUUCAGCUACUCAGUCUGCUUAGGUAAAACCACUCCAGUUGUAUUUUGUGGCACUUUUUAUGAGUUUUAACAAUAAGAAAACAUUUUAAAAAUAAAAUGUGGUUCAUAAUAAGAAAGUUGUUUAAUGUUAAAGUAUGCAUAGUGUUGUAACGGUUUCUUUGUAGAGUUUUCAAAGGUCCAGUCGAGAAGAGCUUUUAUAUGGGAACAGUUUCUCUUUACUCUGUGAAACUAACUGUUUGAAAUUUACCUUUUGUAAAAGGGGACUUUUCUGUUCAGUCCAGUUUGUUUAUGUCAGAGCACAUAUUUGAAGUCUGUUCCCAGUAGUUAUAAUGACAAUGAAUUUAUCCGAUUGGCUUGAGGCUCGAUUUGAUAGUAAAGAUGGUGAGAAUAAACCCAUGAAAAUGUU